AUGUCACUUCUCCAAAAACGUGCGGACAAGGGUGGACUGGGGUUCCCAGAUAUCCAUAAAUACCACAAAGCAUCCUUCCUAGAGGCAGCUAUAAAACUCCACACCCCCAAAGGGACUUUUCAAUGGGUGGACAUGGAAAACGCUAGGGCGCCUGGCGGCUCUCUGGUAGGGAUGUUAUGGACCCCAGCACACACAAGACCAAACAUGCUCCACCUUUUCAAUACCUCGAUCACCACUAUGAAGCAAUGGGACACGCUACACCGCACCCAGCAUAAACUCAAUAAGUUUCACCCGCGGGCCCCGAUAACGGCACUGAACUCCCUAACCCCAGGGUUGACUAUGAACUCCUGGAUAAAACACGGCAUAAAACACAUAGUAGACACAUACCAAGACCAUCGACUUAUGCCCUUCCCAGAUCUUCAACGGAAAUUUGACCUACCUAACGCCUCCGUCUUUCAGUAUCUCCAACUUCAAAGCAUGGCCACAUAUAAGAUACUUACAAAAUCAGACAUGACAUCCACUAACCUACAACACCUAGACCCGUUACAUGACCAAUGCUGGCUCUCACCUACAAAGCCCAAGGCACUAUCUUUAUGCUACAACAUACUGCUGAACGCCGUUGCCAUGAAAACCCCCAACUACGAACAACAAUGGCACACGGAAUACGACUCCUCGCCAUCAG